CGGACUUCCGCGACCGCGAGGUCCGACGUUCGUCGCCAUGGCUCUGCUUCAGCUGGCGAUCACCGUGACCAUCACGAUCUUCACGCCGCUGCUGCUGCUGCUGGCCACGUGGAAGCUGUGGGAGAGGUUCUGCCUGCGGGACCGGGACCCCUCGUGUCCCGCUGCCGCUGCCGCCGGGAUCCAUGGGUCUGCCUCUGAUCGGGGAGACCCUGCACUACGUCCUGGGGAGGGGCAGCUUCAUGGAGAUGAAGCGCCAGCGCUACGGCCCCGUCUACCGCACGCACCUCUUCGGCAUGCCCACCGUGCGCGUCACCGGCUCUGAGAACGUGCGGCGCCUGCUGCUGGGCGAGCACCGGCUCGUGGCGGCGCAGUGGCCCACGUCGGUGCGCUCCAUCCUGGGCGCCGGCUGCCUCUCCAGCUCCUUCGACGGCGCCCACAGGAUGCGCAAGAAGGUCAUCCUGAAGGCCUUCUCGAGAGAGGCCCUGCAGAACUACGUGCCCACGAUCGUGGAGGAGGUGUCGGCGAUGCUCGGGGACUGGUGCUCGCGCUCGCGCCCCGUGCUUGUCUACCCCGAGGUCAAGGUGCUCAUGUUCCGCAUCGCCAUGCGGCUGCUGCUCGGCAUCGACGUGAACGGCAUGGCGCGCGGCGAGAUCCACGCCCUCGUCGGGGUCUUCGAGGAGAUGAUCCGAAACCUCUUCUCCCUGCCCAUCGAAGUGCCCUUCGGCGGCCUCUACCGGGGGCUGAAAGCGCGAAACGUCAUCCACAGCAAAAUCGAGGAGAGCAUCAAGAAGAAAUUGAGCAGUCCCCCGACGGACGGGUGCAAGGACGCGCUGCAGAUGCUCAUUGAACAUUCGCGGGAAAACGGCAACUGCCUGAGCUUGCAGGACCUGAAGGAGUCGGCCACGGAGCUCCUGUUCGGGGGACACGAGACGACGGCCAGCGCGGCCACGUCGCUCGUCAUGCACCUCGCGAUCCACCCGCACGUCCGCUCCCGCCUGAGGAGCGAGCUCAAGCAGCAGGGCUUCACCGCGGAGCGCACCAUCAGCUCCCUGGCGGAGCUGGAAGAGCUGAAGUUCGUGGCGAGCGUGGUGAAGGAGACGCUGCGCGUGAGCCCGCCCGUGGCCGGGGGCUUCCGCGUGGCGCUCAAAACCUUCGAGAUCAACGGCUACCAGAUCCCCAAGGGCUGGAACGUGAUCUACAGCAUCAAGGAGACGCACAACAUGGCCGAGAACUUCCCCAAGCGCAACGACUUCGACCCCGACCGCUGGAUGACCGGCGGCGGCGACGCCGGCGGAGACGCGGCAUCGUCGCGCUUCACCUACAUCCCGUUCGGAGGCGGCUCGCGCAGCUGCGUGGGCAAGGAGCUGGCGCGACUCAUCCUGAGGAUCGUGGUGGUGGAGCUGUGCCGGCGCUGCGAGUGGGAGCUGCCCAACGGCCCCCCCACGCUGGUGACGGCGCCGUCACUCUACCCCGUGGACAAUCUGCCCGCCAGGUUCUCGGCCUUCUCGGCCGACGACUGGAGAUGAUGAUGAUGAUAAUUAUAAUGGUUCCUUCAUUUUAUAUGGCGUUAUUCAUGCCAGCAUUUAACGAAAAAUAUUUAAACGAUUUUUAUUUUACCAGGUGAGGCCCACUGAGCUGUGCAGCUCUUUUUCAGAAGCACCCCGGCCAAAAAUGACAGCUCAAUGAAGUGGCUUAUCAUGCGGACAUUCAUUGCAGCCAAAUACUUUAAACGCAAGUUUCUAAUUGUGGAGGGAAACAAACGGAGGACCUGGAGAAAAAUCCCCACGACCACGGGCUUUAUAGGCACCGCAAACUCCAAAUAUACAACAGGCGUCGGGGUCGGGAUCGAACCCAUGCCCUCCUGCAUACCAGGCGAGGUAGUUAACAUGUCGCAUCCGUGGCGCCCCAGCUUCCCGCAACGCUGUACAUUAAUUAUAUAUAAGGACAUAAUCCAAUAUAUGCGCUUGGCUAUGCACGGUACGAAAGAAGCCCAACAGACACACAGACACACAUACACACCAAGCAAAUGAAAAACCUUCUUCCAAGAAAAAACUAAAAUGAAUGAACAAAACAAAACUAAAAGCAUAAACAAACGAACAAAUAUUCUUGGUUCUUUCGGUAAGGUUAUGUAGAUAGAAAAUAAAAAAAAAUAAAAAAAAUAUGUAAAAAUAAUACAUUUUAAAUAAAAAAAGUAAAAAACUAUUAUUUUUGAUUUAUUAUUUUUGAUUUUAAUUUAUUAUUUUCUAUCUACGUGACUUUUCCGAAAGAACCAAGAAUAUGAAUUCCUGCAGUCACGAAAGUUUUAAGUUAAAACAAAAACAAGUUACCACAACAAAGGUCUACGACUUAGAACAUCCCAGACCACAAUCUCAACUUCCCCAACCAUGGCAAGAAAUAUUCACAGUGGAGAGAGGCGGUGGAGAUCAUGACGAUGCCUUCGAGUUUUGUUGUUUUGUUGAUUGAAUUCGGCACAGGCGGGGUAAGGGAAGUGAUUGUUGAAGGAACGGUGGGUGAGCAAGGGGGUGGAAUGUUUGGGUUGACUCGGUUUGAGCGUCAAAUAUGAAUCGGAAAAAGAUGCAUUUAUACUGGGGGAAUCCGAUGAGUUGUCAAGCUCUUUUUCACAGAUGUGGAUUGACAAAAGGUCAAAGGUGGCCAAUUGUGGCAUGAAAAAUGGCCAAAGUUAUCGUGGUCGAGAUGCUAAAUAUUGACACAAACUGCAUUCUUGCCAAUACGUGACAGAGGCCCCACGAUACAGGCCAGUCCGGCCCUUUGACCAGAACAUCUGGAAUGAGCCCAAUCGCAAAUCUCAGCGGUCAAGCAGGUUUGAGCCUCGAUGGUGUAUUUAUGAGUGGCCACCGUGUGUUGUGGGUUGGUAUAGUCUGUCGGGCUAAGCAGUGGGCAGCAGGGAGCAGUGCAGCGAAUCGAUAGUUGUACCCUACUUCUAUGCACCCCACCUUGACUUCGCAUCAUACGCUCAAGUAGAAUAGAUUGUGUGAAUGACGCCUGCUUGCGUUGAUUAGCGAUGGAAUUUUUUAGAAACGCGUUGUCUACGAUGCCAGAAUAUUCUCAUUUGUUGCGUCUGGCUUCAAUUGUAGCUUGCCUACAUAGUGACGACUAAUGUAUCUUCAUUAAACAUUUUUAUAAACACAUGUUUUUUUUAUAACUGUAAAUUACAUUUCCGUGAUCCUGAGAUGUACAAAAUGUACCAUAAUUUUGUUAAAUAUAUAUCAUUUUGUUUGCAUGUGAAUCUACCCAUCGUAGCUUAGGCUCUUUAGUAUUUUAACUUUAUAUGGUCAUCUUUUGUUGAUAUGAAAUGCCUUAAUUAUUGUUGACAAUCUCCUAUAUUGGACAGCACUAAAAUUUGUAAUGUUUUGUACUGAAUGCA